ACCCGUACUGCUGUGCUUUGCGAAUGCGCUGUACCUCCUUGGCUUUGUUUUAGUUAAUGUGAUAAUGGCGCUCAGUAAAACGUUUGGUCCAAAACCUGUGAAAUUCCAGCUGGAAGAGGAUGGGGACUUCUACAUGAUUGGUUCAGAGGUAGGAAACUACCUGCGUAUGUUUAGAGGCUCUCUGUAUAAACGAUACCCAUCACUGUGGAGGAAAUUGGCGUCUGUAGAAGAACGCAAGAAGAUUGUGGAGUUGUCCCACGAUCAUGGUUACACUCAGCUGGCUACCAGUGUGACUCUCCUGAAGGCUUCAGAGGUGGAGGAGAUAUUGGAAGGAAACGAUGAGAAGUACAAAGCAGUUUCCAUCAGUACCGAGCCACCUGCCUACCUCAGGGAACAGAAGGCAAAAAGAAACAGUCAGUGGGUUCCUACACUGCCCAACAGUUCUCACCAUCUGGAUGCAGUUCCCUGUUCCACAACCAUCAACCGCAGUCGACUGGGCCGUGACAAGAAGAAACCCUUCCCACUGUGCUUUGACGACCACAAUCCAGCUGUAAUUCACGAGAACGCCUCUCAGUCUGAAGUUCUUGUGCCAAUCCGUCUUGACAUGGAGAUUGAGGGACAGAAGCUUAGAGAUGCUUUCACCUGGAAUAUGAAUGAAAAACUAAUGACACCUGAGAUGUUUGCUGAGAUUCUUUGUGACGACCUGGACCUCAAUCCCCUGACCUUUGUUCCUGCCAUCGCCUCUGCCAUCCGGCAGCAGAUCGAUUCUUACCCCACAGACAGUAUCUUAGAGAACCAGACGGACCAGAGGGUCAUCAUCAAGUUGAACAUCCAUGUGGGGAACAUUUCUCUGGUGGACCAGUUUGAGUGGGACAUGUCAGAGAGGGAGAACUCUCCAGAGAAGUUUGCCCUCAAGCUCUGCUCAGAGUUAGGUCUGGGCGGAGAGUUUGUUACCACCAUUACCUACAGUAUCCGCGGUCAGCUGAGCUGGCACCAAAGGACGUAUGCCUUUAGUGAAAAUCCUUUGCCCAUGGUGGAAAUUGCCAUUAGAAACACAGGUGACGCAGACCAGUGGUGCCCUCUGUUGGAGACUCUGACAGACGCAGAGAUGGAGAAGAAGAUUAGAGACCAGGACAGAAACACAAGGAGAAUGAGGCGAUUGGCAAACACACCUGCGUGGUAGACGGGACACCAGCGUAGGCUCUGUCCUUGUUGUCCUUGGCCCCUCCCCCACCUCGUGUGAGACUGAGGUACUUGGUUACACGCAUGGUUACACAUCACAGCUUGACGUUUAUCUGUUCCACCAACACCUCAGGCCUUACUUCUUCUUAAUAAUCAAUUCUGUUUUUAUGGUUAAUUAUAUUUAGUACUGAUUGGCCAAGUCCCCCGUAAGACCCCACCCCUCUCCCUCGGUGUGUGUUUUUUUUUUUCUUCUCUGCGUGGAGAAGCUGCUCUCUCUCUGACCACUGACUGCAUGAGAAAAUGUCUGUCACUGUCUCAGAGUAAUCUUUCCUCUUCACGUUGUUAUUAUCUUUUGAUUUUAAUAAUCCUUACAAAAUUAAAAAAAUGAAAGCUG